AUUUAGCAGUAGAAGAAAAAAAUAAGCCAACAAUGGUCAAUGGAGAGAGUAAAGUGACAAUUCAACUCAUGUCUUCAACAACAGCUCACAACAUGAAUACUUCUAAAGUAAAGGACAUGGAGGCCAAGAAAGGAAUCACCUCUAUUGCACCGACCAAGAAUGAAGCCAAUAGCAUAGUAAAGUCAAUUGAAACAACCAGAGUUGUGCAAAUCAAUAAAGACACAAAAACUACCAAAAACCUUAAAAACACCACAGUUUCUAGUAGUGAAGUUGACAAAAUCCAGGAUAACAAGGUCAUCUCUGAAAAGAAAAAACUCCCAGUAUUUUCCAUGCUCUGCUCCAAAGCUAAUGUAGAUAUUCUACAGCAUAAUACUAAUUCAGAACAUGGACAAAACUUACCAAAGACAUCAAAUAGCACAGAAAAAUUAUCAGAUCAAAAGACUUGUGGAUCUGACAACAAAGAUGUGAGCCUCCCUCAUGCUGAGAUUAAAAAAUACAAUCUAUUUCAAUACGAACCUCCAUUUAAAGUUCCAGGUCUUAAGGCAGGUGGCAAAAUCGAGACCCAUGCUAAAACAUCAACAUCUUCUACUGUGGCAUUGAGAGCAACUUUCAGAAGCAAUGCAUAUUAUGGCAGCCAUUAUUUCACCUCGUAUUCAUCAUAUAUGGCUGCCAAUGCUGUGAUACCUUCAUUCCACUUCAGCUCGCUGCCUUAUCCUGCUCCUUUAGUCCCUUUUGGAACACAUUACCAGCAAAGACCUCCAAUGACUUUUGUCCCAAAUCAAAACUCACAAUUUGGAUACUUCUCCAGACGGAUGCCACCAUUUAACCCAGUUCAAGUUGUUCAGCCACCGUUCUGGGCACCUUACUAUCCCAUGAUGAAUUUCAUUCCUUACAUGGGGCCAAAUUACAUGUUCCACCCAUCAAAUCCACCUCAUCUUGCUUCGAGUGCUAGACACCUUACCUCAAUGGGAGGAGAUGGUCCACCAUAUUUGUCCCCUUCUAUGAACAGCUUCAGUCUUCCCAAUAACAGGGCGAUGGUAAACAACCCAUACUUCACCUCAAGAGGGAAUGGAACAAAACCAGUUUGAUCAAUUAAACUGCUUAUGAAUAC